AUGAAUCAUAAAUCUAACUUCAAGUUAGGUGAUAAUAUCCAUUUUGAAAUAUCAUCGUCAACAUCAAGUUUAAAUGAUUCAAAUGCUAAAAAAAUUAAUAGUAAUAUGAAAAUGCAACCACCACCACCAAUUCAACAACAACAACAACAACAACAAUUAAAUAGUCGAGAUUCAUCAAAUAAAAAGAAAAAAUCGAAGAAAAAGAAGAAAACAACUAGUUCAAAAUUGACUCAAGCUCAUUUAAAUAAUCCUGAUGAAGAUUAUCCAAAAUCAAGAAUUAUUAAACAAGCACCAAAUGGAGAUGUUAUAGUUGAAAGUCUAGAGGAAGAAGAAGAAGUGGAUGAAAAUGAUCAAGAGAAUGUCCAUUCACAUGAGCAUCAUCAUCACCUCCAUCAUCAUGAAAAUAAUGGUAAUAAUCAUCUACAUAAUCAAGAACUGAAUAAUAACAAUAAUAAUAAUAUUAGCAGUAAUAACAUACCCCAUCGAAAUCAUAAUAUCAAUACACAUAAUAAUUUAUGGGAUUCUUCAUCACUCGAAGAACAACAAAAAUUAAAAGACUUUUGGGAAUCAUUAGGUGAUGAACAAAAAUUGGAAUUGGUAAAGAUUGAUAAACAAUCUAUAAUGAAAAUGUUUAAAAAUGAAACAAGACAACAUUUACAACAACUACUGCAACAACUGAAUAGAAAUGUACAAACUUCUUCAUCAUCAAAUAAUAAUGGAUGUGCAUGUAAAUACUGUGGUAGAAGAAAUAAUAUUAUGGAAGAAGAAUUGGAAAGUAUUUAUGAUAACCAUUUUGAUGAUAUUAUUGAUUUUAUACAUGAAGUACGAGAUAUUAAUGAUUUAAAUGCAUUACCCGGUUUGUUAUUUGGUGGUUUUCAUAUGUUGGAAGAAGAAAGAAGACUCCAAAAACGACAACAACAAUUGAGAGAAAAGUUUGAAUUGGCUGCUCAAAAACAAAAAGAAUAUCAAAUUGCUAAAAAGAAUUAUGAAGAAUUUACUAAAAACGAACAAGAUAAAGAGAAACAACUGGUACAACCAAAACCAAUUGCUGAAUUACAACAACAAACUAAAAAUCAACCUGAAAUUUACCAUAAAAUUAUAUCACAAGAUAUAAAAAUCAAUGAUAAUCAAAUUUUCAAUAAAUUACUUGAUCCAAAAUUAUUUGAUGCUUUAGAAAGUAUGGAUAUUCAAAGAAUGAAAGAAGUUGCAAAUUAUGAUCCUAAAAAUGUAAAUCAUAUAACAAUGUUGGAAAAAGCUGGUUCAUUAAGAGAAAUUGUACGUGAUUUAAAUAAUGUUGAUAGGUCACAAUUGGAAAAAUCAAUGUCAUAUGUUCAAAAUAUGGGGAAAAUUUUUUCAAAUUUUGCAGCUUUAAAUUCUUCAAAUCCUGAAGAUGUUGAAAAAUUAACUACUGUCAAUGGUUUAAAUGAUCAAAUAACUCAAGGAUUAUCUACUUUUGCUGAAGAUUUAUUGAAAAAUGAUGGUAAUUCUUUUAUAACCAUGAUGGAAACUUUAUCAGAAUCAAGAACUGCUCGUGAAGAAUUAUUAAAAGAUAAACCUGAAAUUCUUUCACAAAUUUAUGAACAUGCACAAUUACAACAACAAAAGCAAAUACAAGAAUUAAAACAACAAGAAUUGGAACAUACAAAAAAUUUAGCUUGGGUUGAUGAAGACGAUCAUAAACAUCAUCAUCACCAUCAUCAUCAUCAUCAUCAUCAUCAUGAAUAUUGUACUCAUCAUGACUUUGAUGAUGAAGAAGAUGAAGAAGAUGAAGAAGAAAUUGACGACGAUGAAGAAGAAUAUGAUGAUGAUGAAGAGUAUGAUGACAAUGAAGAUGAAGAAGACGAAGAUGAAGAUGAAGAUGAAGAUGAUGAUGAUGAAGGUGCAAGUGAUACAGAAUCUGAAAUUUCUGAGGAAGAGAAAAUGCAAGAAAUUCGUCGUUUAUUUUUAAUUCAAGUUAUAAAAUUAUUUCAAGAAAGAUUGAAAAGUGCUUAUAAAGAAAAAUUAUCACAAGAUAGAACUCAAAAAUUAAUUGAAGAAUUAGAAGCUGAAGAAAAUGCUAAAAAAGAACGUGAAUUGAAAAAAUUGAAACAAAAGGAAAAAGCAAAGGAGAAGAAACGUUUACAACAACAAGCUAAAGAAGAAGAACGUAGAAAAAAGGAAGAAGAAGCAAAAGCAAAAGAAGAAGAAGCAAGAAUUCAAAGAGAAUUACAAAAGGCUGAACAAAAGAAGAAGAAAGAAGAAGUAAGAUUGAAACGUGAGGAAGAAAAGAAGAAGAAAUUGGAAGAAGCUAAAAGAAAAGAAGAAGAACAUAGGAAAAAGGUUGAAGCACAACAAAAACGUGAAGAAGAAGCUAAACGUAUAAAAGAAGAACGUAGAAAGAAAGCUGAAGAAGAAAGAAAAGCAAAAGAAGAAGAAAGAAAACAAAAAGAAUUAGCUAAAAAACAAAAGGAAGAAGAAAGAGAAAGAUUAAAACAAGCAAGAGAAGAACAAUUAGCAGCUGAAGAAAAACAACAAGAAUUUGAAGAUCCAAUAUUUAAACCUCAAUUUGAAGAAAGAAAAUUAUCAACUGAACCACCUGCAAAUCAUUUAUUAAAUCAAUUAUAUCAAACAAGACCUGGAUCACUUUCUUCUACUCCAUCAUCUGUUGGUUUAUCAACAUUGAAUCAAUUACAUGGUACGCCUGUUAAAAUUCCUCAACAACCACCAAUUUCACAAUAUUCUUCGACUGAAUUUAUUCCACAAUCUUUUGAAAAUAGUAUGUUAUCCCAAAAUAUCAUUACUUCACCUCAAACUGCGCCAAUAAAUUUAACAAAUGGUCUAAAUCAAUCAAAUAAUAAUAUUAAUGGUUCAAUUAAUCCUAUGUCACCAUGGUAUAAUAAAUCAAGAUUAAAUUCAUUAACUAAUUCUAGUCAACCAUUUUUAAAUCCACAAUUUAAUUCAAAUGGUAAUAAUAAUAAUAAUAUUGGUUCUUCUUCCGCUUCCGUUCAACCAAAUUCAAAUUUCAGUGCUUUUAAUGCAUUUGCUGAUCCAUUAUCAAAUGAUUCAUUUAUAAGUACUCCAUUGAGUGGUAAUAGUAAUAUUUGGAAUCCAACAAAUCAACCAGCAACAAGCAAUACUACAAAUAGAUCAAAUUCAAUUUGGAAUAAUCCAAAUAAUGUAAAACAAGAAAGUACAACAACUCCAUUAUUAAAUAAUUUAACUACAGCUAAUAAUAGUAAUUUAUGGAAUAAUAAUCCAAUUAAUAACGAAUCUGAAUUAAUUCAAUGUUCAGCUUUUAGUUGUUUUCAAAUUUUACAAAAUUCAAAUCAAUUAGAAUUUGGUGUUGCUCCAAUUAUUAAAUUAUAUCAAAAUGUAGUUACAAUAUUAAAUAAACCAAAUUUAACCAUUAAUCAAUUUUUAAAUUGCUGUCAUUCAAAUUCAACAUAUCAAUUUGAUUUUAUAUAUGAUGAAUUUGGUAAAAUUACACAUGUAAAAGUUGGAUUAUAUGGAUUUAAAACAUCACCAACUCCAUUGAAUUCACAAAUACAGCAACAACCACAGAAUCAACAACAACAAACUAUACCACCGCCUGGAUUUGCAAAUAAACCAUCACCGCCUGGAUUAUUUAAUGAAACUACAUCAUUUUUAGAUCCAAUUAGUGAAUUAAAUAGUAAUGAUAGUUCAACUUUCACUAGAAGAUUAUGGAAUUAG